AUGGCUGUUUUCAGUGGAGAACCCUUACGCUGCGCCAACCCCUUUGCGAACCACUUUAUCCCAAGCUAUAUCAUACUCCCCCGAAUUACCCCCCCUCAAAAAAAAAAAAAAAAAAAUGAAACCCCCAUACCAAUUAGCGAAAGCACCCAUCCCAUGCCGUCAAGAUAAAGUUUAACACGCCAAGGCACAACAACAAUCCACCACACCACCACCUUCCUUCCUUCCCCCCACUCAAAAGCCUCCACAAAAUCACCACAACAAGCAAGAACCAACGACAAUCCAAUGUCAAAAUUCUACUUUGACUCCCCUCCCUCAACAACCCCCUCCCCA